AUGGCUGUUCAUCGAACAAAAACAUAUUUUGAUUUGGCAAGUUGUAAAUAUGAACAUGAAUAUAUCGUAAAUAAUUACAACAAAAUUUUUAAAUUUCUUCAUAUUCAAACGCCCUAUUAUUUCAUUGAAAAUGAUACAUGUAAAUAUAAUUUUAUUAUCGAACCUUCAAAUCGACGAUAUAUAAUAAUACAUGCCACUAUUGAAUUUCCGCUUGAUUUAGAAGAACGUCGUUGUUUUGAUAUUAUUGCCGAAUGUUACAAUGAAACUAGAACAUCAACCACAACAACAUCUUCAUUAAAUAAAGCAUCAAAAAGUAAAUUAGUAUCACAGGAUGAAAAAAGUAUAAUAUAUCGAUCGGAUUAUGACACAGACAGUGAUUACAGUGACUCCAGUGAUGAUGACAAUUUUGAUCGUAAACGAUUUUUACGUCUUAGAUUAUAUUUAGAAGAUAUUGUAUCAAUAAAAAAACUUCGAAUCAAAAUUAAAUGUAGUUAUAAUCGAAUUGUUGAAUCAAAUGAUGUUGUUAUGAAUACAAAUAGUAGUCAUUUAUCCGUAUCUUCUACAUCUUCAUCAACUAGUGAUACAUCAUUAUUGACAUUGUAUAAUAAUAAAAUUCCAUUUGAUAUGAAUAUAAAAAUUGGUAAACGUACAUUUUCUACUCAUAAACAUAUAUUAAUAUUACGUUCAGAUUAUUUUAAAACAUUAUUUGAAAGUUCAUUUCAAGAACAUUCAAAAAAUGAUCUUGUUUUAAAUGAUGUUAAUAGUGAUACAUUUGAUAUAAUGUUAAAAUAUUUAUAUACGGGUAAAAGUGAUUGGGGAGAAAAGAAAGAAGAUGGUGAUAAAAUAGAAUUAUUAGUUAUUGAUUUAUUUAAAUUAGCUGAUCGUUUCUUGAUUGAUAGUUUAAAACAUCUAUGUUUAGAACAGAUAUUACAAUAUAUCAAUAAAGAAAAUAUUUUCUCUUAUUUAACAUUGUUAAUGACGUAUGACGAUUGUCAGCAAUUAAAAGAAAAAUGUUUUAGUUUAUUUCAUAAAUAUCCAACAUUAUUGAAAACAUCUUAUUUUCAUAUGCUCGAAAAAAGUAAUCCAUCAUUAGCAAUUGAAAUUUAUUCAACAUUUUUUAAAUAG